AUGCGCCUGGAAGUUGUCCGAAAAGCAUGCUACGUUUUACUUGUUCUGCAGUCAGGUGGGUUCAGAAUAUUUUAAAGGUUUUCUUUGAGGUUUUUAAUGUAUAAAUGCAAAAUGACUUAUAUUUUUUAGAAAGGAGGCUUUCGAAAAACCGUUCAAUUUAAAACAAAAUUUUUCUAUGACUUGCGCGAGAUUUUCAGAUUGUUGUUUGCCACCAAUAGCGUUUUAGGCGGAAAGUUGGCAAAAAUUUGAAACUUUUUUGAUUUCCGGUUCAAAAAUCUCACAAGCGAGGUGUUCGAAGUGCGACGUUGCAACCAGGUCAUAUAUCAAUUUUUUAGGGGAAGUACCACAAGUGCGACGCUCAGAUUUUGAUGAAACUUGGCACAAAUUUAGAAUAAUUUUUUUUUAAAAAUAUAUAUGCGAGAAUCCUAGCUCGCGCUUUGCAGAAACAACCGAGAUUUUCAGAUCGAAAGUUGGCGAAAAUUUGACACUUUUUGCCAAAUUUCGGCACGAAUAUUUUCAUGCCUACUUCUACUGUCAAGGAUAAUGUUUCUACAAAAAAUCAAACCUUUCCGCACGAAACUGCCAAAGUUAUGGCUAAAAAGCGCUUUUCUCUCUGACCGCUCUCCACGUUUAGCCUGCUCUCUCGGCGGAAAAAAUGGUUCAAUAUCCCGGCGUCGCCUGCAAAGCGCGAGCUAAAACUUUCAGGAAUUGAUAUUAAGCCUAUGUCCGAAGCGUAUGCAAAAUUUAAAGAAAAUCUAAGCGUCUCACUUGGGGUACUUCCCUUGUUAACUUCUUUUGCUAGUCAAUAUAUUAAACAGUCUUUGGCGCCGUGAGAACGCGUAUAUGCGGAGAGCAGUCAGAAAGAAAAGCGGUUUUUGGACUUUGCCAAUUUUUUGAAAAUAGAAUUUUAUGUUAGAAUAGGAGUUGUCUUAUGCUGUAGAGAAAGGGCUGAGAUUUUUGAUGCAUAAAGAAAAAUGUCACUAUACACUUUAACGUAGUCUAUGACUAUUCACCAGGCACGCAUCGAGUUUGGCCCCUUAGUUGGUCCAAAAAUGUAGUUAUCUCAUACUUUUGCUCUCUGCUUUGUUCCAUUGUGUAUCUUGUCCGCUACAAUUUAUUUUUUAAAAUUUUUAGAACGCCUCCGUUUGUGUUGGCCUCACCGUCCGAUUCUUGGUUAAUUUCGAGAGUAUAAUCGGCUUCUUUUUAAAUCCCCAGCUUCGGUUCUACCUUUUGUGUGCCAGUAUUUACACCCACAGUAUUCACAUCUCCAUUAUUGCGCAGCAUCGUUUCCACUCGAUUAUUUUACCGCGACAUUACACCAGAGUUUGGAAUAAGGCGAAAAACAUUACAUUAAUCGUGCUGACCUGGAUCUCCGGGACUGUGAUUCUACCGGCAAUUACUAUUUUUCCAAUACGAAAUGAACACCAAGGCUCUCUGGAGACAUUCUUCAAGACUUAUGACAAAGUUUUGGGAUAUUGGCAACAGAAUUUGUUGAUCACGACGCUUUAUAUUACAACUUUUAUUGCCGGCCUUUGUUAUUUGACGUCAGGAAUGACAUUUUUAUACAAGAAAUACAAAAGGGAGCGAUGUGGUAAGUAAAGGGCAGGCAUAAAACUAUACAGUCUGGUGGGAUGGUGCUUGUUGUUAACGCGGUCACAGUGAGGAAUUAUAGUGGGAUGAUCAUUGUCUCUAGGGAAGUGUUAUUUAGAGGUAACGCUAUAAAUUUGUCACAUUUUCAUGAAAAUUGAAUACAAAGCGAGGAAGAAAUACAUGCUUGAGAAGAAGUACGUGUAUCUUAUCAGGAAGAAGUAAAGAUGAAAUGGAAAUAUUGUCAAAAAUCAGUAUUGUAGUUAUGAGGAGCAAAGAACAACUUAUAAUUUGUUGACUAAAACCUUAGAAUCUAGAAAAAUCCUGUCUUAAAAAGAAAUUAAAUUAUAAAGGGAAAUUGCCCAAGCUAAAAACCCUGUCAUGAAAGUUAGCGGAACUUUAGAUCAUAAUUUUAGGAGGAAAACGGGGAUUUUUUUAGCUACCGCGUUUUGCUUCCCUAAAAGUUAGCCCAUGCGUUAUACUUAUAAAAUUUACUUCUAUUUCAGCGUACAGUAAUGUGUACAGACGUCUUUUCUUCUGUGGGUUCCUCAUCUUUAUCCCCACGCUUUCCCACGCCCUCCUCACACAGUAUCAUGCCAGAAAUUACAGUCAUUGGGCGUUGUUGGCAUUACGAGGAUCGGAGAUCUUUUCCAAUCUUGUUAUUCCCGUUAUUUUAUAUUGUACUUCGAAACUGGUUCGGAGAAAAUUUUUGGGAAUAAUUCGAAUUGGAAGAGAGAAAAGGAAGGUGAUCUCGGCCACUGGAUUCGUCGAUCUACAUAGUCAUCGGGGCGAAACUUUGUCGUGA